AUGGCUGAGAAAAAGGUGCCCACUGCAAAGUCAAAAUCUGCUGAUAAACCUAAAUUGGCCCCGGGGGCCACAAGCGGCUACUACACCGACUCUCUGGGGUUCAUGGCCAUGGACAGCAAUGUACCCGGCUUGUCCAACGUCAUCCUGCAGAAACUGAACAUGGGGAGCUUCGAGGAGUACAGGUCUGCGGUGGAAGGUAAUGAUCUUGCUGAAAAUUUUGGCUUCAGGUCAUAUUCGGAGAUGUUUCAGAAGAUGGAAGACACCUAUAAAUUCUGCGUCCAGUGCAAGAAGCUCCCGUCCAGUGCUCCCGAGGGCCGUAGUAUGAGGCGUUGUAAAAGGUGUCAGAACGUAUACUAUUGCAGCUCGGAGUGUCACAGGGAGAACUGGCCUAUGCACAAGAAGUUCUGCAGGAAACUGAAACUGGCUGCCAUUGACAGACUGGUGGAGUGGCUGAUCUUCACAGGCGAUAUUCCUUUCACCACCUCCCCUUGGACCACGUCCAUUUCUGAUGUGAAGACCUGGGAUGACUGGUUCUCCAUACAGGAGAACCUUGAGGAGAAGAUAGCCAACAUCAUGGCAGGACGUUACAUAGGCAUCCUCUGGUCCAAUUGUGGAAAGCCAAAACCUGAGAACGCCGAACUGCGAGAGUCCAUAAAACGCCUGACCACUGACUUUUUCACAAGGCCAUUGACUAUCGGUUUUGCUAUGAAUGCCUUCCGCAUCGAUCCCUUCACCGGUCCAAUCACUGUACAUGUGGUUGGCGCCUCUCAUAUUGAGACUUUGAAUAUCCGGGAAACAGACUACGAUGAGCUUGCCAAGAUGUUUCCAGGGAACCAGGGUCUAGAGGUGGUUAUGGUCGGCCCAGAAGUGGUCAAUGGCCCAGUGAUGAGACUUCCACUGACAGCUUAUGGCCCACGUGGAAAAGUCUACCUGAGCGGUUACAAAGCCCUAUAUCAUGUCUUCUGGGAGACGCUGGUGGAGAACCAACGAGCAGCGAGGCCUGAUCUCGUGGUGGGCUUCCAUCCAGGAUUCCACGCCUCGCAGGGUCUUACAGAAGGCUGGCUUCCCACCCUGCUUCUCCUGCGGGAUUAUAACAUCCCCUGUCUGUUUACAAUGUACAGUGAUCAAGAGCUGAAAUACUCCCUACAGAUCUUGGCCGAGCUGGAAAUGAAGGUUCUUGGGGCCGGACCCUUCCCAUUCGCCUCCUGCAAGCCUGAACAGGUCCAGUCCGACCCUAACAAGCCCCCCGUCUCCAGCAACUCCCACUUCCUGCUCUUCAAGGGGACCACCUGGCAGGACUCAGAGACAGACAUGGGAGAGUUGGAAGACUAG